AUGGGUCAGAUGGUUUGGUCGCGACCCGAACAAUUAUCAGUAAGGCUGGAAGGUGAAACGUCUUCACCGACUUGGAUUCAUACUGCAGACGAACCAGGUGCAUUCGGAUUUCUCAAUCCUCAUCAAAUCAUUUGUGGUGUCCACUUAAUCCCUGCAUUUGCCUAUGGCCAUACUGAUGAACUUUUACUGCCUUCGAUUGCCCGUCCUCUUCAUGAAAAUAAUGAAGAUUGGAAAUUUUACUAUGUGAAUAUGUUUGUUGACAGAGAUAUAUUCAUGCGUUUCUGUGGUGGGGGAGUCGGUCACAGGUCAACUCAUAAUGCAACACAAACAUUUUGCAAUGACCGUGAUCCUCUAGAUUGUGUUGCUCGCCGAAAUAACGCAGACUCUGAGCAAGGCGAGGGAGCAUCCGAGGAAGACAAAGAAGCAUCCGAGGAUAAAGUUGAAGCCUCAUCCAAGAACGAGGAAUCAUCUGCAGAUCGUCAACUUGAGGCAUCUGAGGAAUAUGAAGAUGAUGGACCCCCACUGGAGGAAGACGAAGAAGACGGACUGUCCGAGUCUGCUGUUGAUCAGGAUGAAGACGAAGUUGUUGAAUUAGAGAUGGAGGAGUAUGGUUAUGGCGGACUAGAUCAAGAAGAGGAGAACACUGACGAUGAAGCUGACGCCGAUCAAGAUGAUAGCAGCAGCGACAAUGAAGACAAUGAUGCUGAUGAUGAUCUGGGACCUGAGGAUGGAGAAGACGAGAACGGAGAGGAGCUCGAGGGGUAUGGAGAGCUUUAA